AUGACCUCCGCCAGAUCCGAAUCCAAGUCUCUGCCCGAGACCAGCCUCACAGACGCCUCCAACCCGGAGAACGUCUCGCCUCGAAACCAUCCGGCGAGGCAGCCCACCAAGCAGCAGGUCAGACACAGGGCCUCUGUCGCCUGUGCCUCGUGCCGUGACAGGAGGAUUCGCUGCGUCGUGCCAAAGGGGGCGUCCGAGUGCACCCAGUGCAAGCGGACGGGGACCGAAUGCAUCAUCAAAAAUGAUGAUGAGAGGAGACGUCCCAUCUCCAAGGCUUAUACGUCGUCUUUGUCUGAGCGCAUCUCCCUGCUCGAGGCCAUGCUGAAAGACCAGGGCGUGGCCCCCCCACCGGCGGUCUACCCGCCAAGAACAAGGCAAGAAGCCCAGGCGAAACAGCAGGAGGAGGAGCAGAAGCAGCAGCAGCAGCAGCAGCAGCAGCAGCAGCAGCAGCGACCACAACAGCAACAGAACCAAGCUCAUGACUUUUCGCACCUCCAUCGGCCCAUCCCGGAGACCUCCCCCGAUCUUGACGGCCCAUCGCCGCCAGACUCGGGGAACGACGAUUUCGCCAUGCACGAACUCGACCAGGCCCACAGCGUCCACAGCAUCCUCGCCAACAGCCAGACCUUCCAGCCCCUAGUGAAGGAGCCGUCACCAUUCCGGAACCUGGACCCUCAGAAGGAAGACAUUGUCAAUCGCCUCUUAUCGACCAAGGGCAACCUCUCCUUUGACCAGAUUUCCGGGAGGUUCCGGUUCUUCGGCCCCACGGCAAACAGUCACGUCUACGCCGAGUCGUCGGACCAGCUCGACUCGCGGGAGCCUCCGGAGCAGGUCCGCCGCGCCGAGAGGAUCAUCCGGUCCCUGACAGUCCCCACCUACGACUACCUCAUGAGCUCCUUCUGGGAUUAUUACAACUCGAUUCUCCAGGUCAUCGAUCGGGAGGCCUUCGAGGCGGAUAGGGAUUCCCAAAACCCCAAGUUCUACUCGUCUUUCCUCCACAUCACCAUCUUGGCGGCCGGCUACCGAUUUGCGGACCGGGAGCGGGAGGAUAUCAGGAGGAUCACCGUGGGACAACGGGAGAGCACUCUCCACCGGGAGUCCAAAUACAUGCUGGACAUCGAGCUGGAGCGGCCGGGCGGCAUCCCCAGCGUCCAAGCGCUCCUCAUCCUGGGCGACAUGGAGUGCGGCGUCGGAAGGGACAACACGGGGUGGAUGUAUUCAGGAAUGGCAAACCGGCUGGCGUUUGACGUCGGACUGCACCUCGACUGUCGCGGGGACAAUAUUACCGAAAGCGAGAUCCAGAUCAGACAUCAGGUCAUGCGGGCCUGCGUCCUCUAUGACAAGUACUGGGCGCUCUUCCUCGGCCGGCCGACAAGCAUCAAGAACCAGGACAUUGGCAUGGAUCUGCUAUCGAAGAGGUUCUCCAUGCUUGCCUCGGCACCGGCGGCGGUGGCAGACAAUGGCAGGCGGAAGUCCAAGACCACCGACGGCGAGGUCCACGAGCAACUCGUCGAGCUCAUGGAGAUAGCGGGCAAGAUCGUCGACACGCGGGACAACAACAAGGUGAACGGCAAGAGCACCGAGCAGGCGGCCAGCAUGUUUGGCAUGAACGAGUCGGAAGAGAACGCAUACCUGCACGUCAUCAGCUUGGACCGGCAGCUCCAGAACUGGUAUCGACGCCUACCCGACCACCUGACUUGGAAGCCCGCAAACAUCAAGGCAGCACCGUUCAGCUACUUCCUCCUCCACCAGCAGUACCACGUGUCCAUGAUCCUCCUCCACCGGCCGUGGGCGAAGUACGGCGGCACCGGCUCCGACGGAACCAGCACCAACUCUCACCCGAGUCCCGAGUCGUCGUCGUCGUCUGCCCACCACGCCGACGCCAGCAUCCAGCAUCACAUGUCCAUCACCAACGGCGCUCUCGGGCUCGGCGACCCCCAGACCAUCGUGGACGACAGCCGCACGUCUCUGUCCCGCAGUAUCUGCACCCAGCAGGCCAUCCGCGUGGCCCGCAUCUUCUGGCAGCACCGCCAGCGCUUCGAUGGCCGCAAGAUCAGCGUGACGGGGAUCCAGCACGCCGGGACCUCAGCCAUCGCGCUCAUCGCCGCUCUCGCCCACCAGACCUCGGACUCCGAGCGCCGCAGCUACCUCGGCUACCUGGAGAUCCUCUCGUCCGCCAUCGGCGACAUGAGCUACACCUACCAACCCGCCGACCGGAUGGAUGACCUCUUGAAGGCAGUCCUCGUGCAGCUGCGGGGCGACAUUCUCGGAGACGCCAGCACCGGCGCCGCGACAACGGGCCACUUCCAGGUCGGCAGCGGCACGACCACCCUAUCCGGGCCGCAACAAACCUGGAAUACCAGCCCGGGUUCCAUCUACUCUAUCCUCCCCGCCCGCCGCGAGAACCCAUCCGACAGCGAGAUCGCCCUGUCGCACCACAACCAGUCCUUCAAGAGGCAACGGCCCACGCCCGGCCGGCGGGCCUCCGAGUUCGCGCUCCCGCCGCCCCCGUACUUCGGCGCGGGCCCCACCCCUCCGCACUCCUCCGGCUCCUUCAGCGGCACCACCGCCGGCGGCGGCCCGCCGCACCUCCAACACCAGCAGCAGCAGCUCCAGCAGCAGCAGCACCACCAUCAUCACCACCACCACCACCAGCCCAUCAUGGCAAGCCUCUUCGACAGCUCCAACCACUACGGCCUAGACUGCCUAGACGGCUCGGCCGUCGACCUGGACGGACCAGACGAGCAGCAGCGCGAUGGCGCCGCCGUGCAGGGCCGCGCGGCAGACGACUACGUCCUCGUCACGCCAUCCUCGGACGGCUGGGCCCUGAACGGGAUGGACCAGCCCCAUCAUCAACAGCAGCAUCACGACGCACCCGGCGGCAGCUUCGACAUGCCCAUGACAGACUGGAUGACUGGCGGCCUGAACAGCAACAACAACAACAACAACAACAACAACAACAACAACAACAACAACAACAACAACAACAACAACAACAACAACAACAACAACAACAACACCAGCAGCACCGCCGCCUCCGCAUCCGCAUCCGCACUCAAGGCGGAGAAGCCCGGCGGGCAGCAGCAGCAAGGGGGCGGGAUGGAGUGGAUGGGCAGCGAGGGGGGUAUGAACGCGCUCAGCCCUGUCAGCUUGAGCGGGCUGGUGCAGAGCCUUGAGAAGUCUGGGGUUGUUGGUGAGGGCGGGGACGGGAGCGGGAGCGCGGCGGGGAGGAAUCUUGAGUUGGAUUUCUUUAGCUUUUGA